AUGGGCUCCGCCAAAGAUCAUAAAGAUCAUAAAGGAGCCUCAAGCCUACGAUUUGAUCGAAAAGUUUCAACGGAUACCGAUCCCACCAGCUGGUCUUUUCAAAUCUUGUUAGCCAUGGUUUUCUCUGUCUUGUUCGUGGGAGUUACUUCCCUAUUUUAUUCACAAGCAGCUGCGGCACCCGGUAGCACAUCCGCAAAUCUCGCCUCUUUCAUACCAACGGAGAGAACCAUUGCGUUGAAGGGUGCCUUGAAUAAUAUCGGGCCCAAUGGCUCAGCGGUGCCAGGAGCCGGAGCGGGUUUUGUUGUUGCGAGUCCCUCCAAGCAGGACCCAGAUUAUUUCUUCACCUGGAGUCGAGAUGCCGCAUUAACCAUGAAGAUGAUCGUCGAUGAAUUCAUUCUCGGCGAAUCCCAACUCCAGCCUUACAUCGAUGACUAUAUCCACUCCCAAGCCGUCCUCCAGACAACUACCAAUCCGUCCGGGACAUUUCUCCCCGCAGGUCUCGGUCUUGGCGAGCCAAAAUACCAGGUCGACGGGUCCAGAUUCAAUGAAGCAUGGGGCCGCCCUCAACGAGAUGGUCCAGCUCUCAGAGCUAUCACUCUAAUCACCUACAGCAACUGGUUGGCCGAAAACGGCGAAAAAGAGAGGGCCAAGAAUGUCAUUUGGCCUGUUAUCUCAAACGACCUCUCAUACGUAGGGCAAUACUGGAACCAGACUGGAUUUGAUCUCUGGGAGGAAGUACAGGGAUCGAGCUUUUUCACCAUUCAGAAUCAGCAUCGAUCUUUAGUACAAGGUGCAAUGCUUGCGCAAAGUCUGGGGGUUACUUGCACUGGGUGUGAUCAAGCACCAGAACUUCUUUGCUUUCUGCAAAAGUUCUGGAAUGGGAAGUAUAUUGUUUCUAAUAUCAAUGCGCAAACCGGCCGUUCAGGCCUCGAUGGAAACUCGAUUCUGGGUCCAAUUUCCAUCUUCGAUAUCGAUGCGGUUUGUGACAGCCCGACAAUGCAACCUUGCCAUAGCAGAUCACUGGCCAACUUCAAGGCCUUGAUAGACUCUUUCAGAAAAGCUUAUGGUAUCAAUAAUGGAAUUCCCCUGAAUUUGGGCGUGGCUGUUGGAAGAUAUACUGAAGAUACGUAUAUGGGAGGCAACCCAUGGUACCUACUCACCACCGCAGCCGCUGAAUUCCUCUACGAUGCCGUCGCCCAAUGGAAAGCGCGCAAGACCCUUGUCGUCGAUGAUACGUCCCUCGCGUUCUUCAAAGAUCUUUACACCUCCAUCACAGUCCGCACCUACGACAGCGCCAGCGAUGACUUCACAAAAAUCAUGGACGCCAUAACCGCCUAUGCCGAUUCCUUCGUGGCCGUCGCCCAGAAAUACACACCCCCGGAUGGCUCCCUCGCCGAGCAAUUUAACCGUAACACUGGCGCUCCCCUCUCCGCUAAAGACCUCACCUGGUCCUACGCCGCUUUCGUCACUAUGGCCGAACGUCACGAUGGCCAGUACCCUCCAAGCUGGGGAACUCGAGAUAUCCCAGCGCCGCCCUCCACCUGCUCCGGAACAUCCACCCCAGGCGUAUACGCACCUGCCACAGCCGCCGGGGCACCCAACGUGACCACACCAUGUCAAGUUAAUGUCGUAUUCAACGUUAACGCCAGCACCUAUUAUGGCGAGAAUCUGGUUAUCACAGGAAGCACGGAAGACCUUGGGUCUUGGAACAUUGCGAGUGCGCUGCCCAUGGGCUCUGGGGGAUACACUUCGGAAAGACCGCUAUGGAGCAUUAGCACGUAUUUGAAAGCUGGGGAGCAACUCACAUAUAAAUAUGCUAGACAGGAGAAUUGCGGGCAACCGUAUAUAUACGAGUCACAGGAUCGGACGCUGACUGUUCCCGCUUGUGGGGGCAAGGCUAUAACUGUUGAGAAUGCGUGGGUUGGCCCAACGGGAAAUAGUGGUAACUGUUAA